CCUUAGUCCCUAUCUGACCAGGACAGUGUCCAGCAGCAUGAGCUACCCAUGGGCAUUUGCCAUCUGCUGUGUGGGUGCCAUGGGAGGGGCCUGGGGUUAGUGGCUACCUCACAGGCCCUGCCUGCCCAGAGCCCUGAGCGGAAGGGUGGGCAUCCUCUGCCUUUAGACCCCAAGAGCCAGGCUGCAGAGGAGCUCUGGCUCCAAGUCCCAGCCCCUCUCAGAGGAGGCGGGCGGCCCUCUGCAGCCAGCGGCUUCUCAGCUCGGAGCUCCAGAGCCAGAUGUAACAUUGACCUUAAAUGGUAAAAGCUCCCCAGAGUGAAGAGAGGCUGGCCAGAGGAGGAAAGGGGAAUAACUCAGUUUUAGAUGAGAAGCCCAUGGCCAGGCCAGGACUGUGUCUCCUCGACUCGCAAGAGACCAGCCAGGGGAUUCUGAGCCACCUAGGAUGAACUGCAGGACAUCGGGGCCGUGGUUGGGUCGUGAUGCCAUGGCUGAGAGAACUCAGCAGCCUGCUCAGUGCGUGGGAAGGACCCUAUGGAGUACAUGCUGUGUGCCACCUUGCACGCACUUCCUAAUUUAAUCCACACGACGGCCCUAAAAGCCUGCGGAGCCCAGGCCUCUUGGAGCAUCUUUGGGGCUGACGCAGCAGAGGUUCCGGGCACACGCGGCCACUCCAGCCAGGAGGCUGCCAUGCCCCACAUUCCCGAGGACGAGGAGCCCCCCGGAGAGCCACAGGCAGCCCAGAGCCCUGCCAGUCAAGACCCUCCCUCUGCAGAAAUAUUUCACAGUCCACCUACAAUCGUUCUGACUGGGGAUGCCAGUUCACCUGAAGGAGACGCUGACAAAAACCUGGCCAACAGAGCUCACAGUCCCCACAGAAGGCUGUCUCACCGGCACCUGAAGGUGUCCACUGCUCCACUGACUUCUGUGGACCCUGAGGGGCAUGUUAUUGACCUGGUAAAUGACCAGCUGCCAGACAUCAGCAUCUCAGAAGAGGACAAGAAAAAAAACCUGGCCCUGCUGGAAGAAGCCAAGUCUGUGAGUGAGCGAUUCUUGACCCGCCGUGGGAGGAGGUCCAGGAGCGGCCCCGGAGACUCCCCAUCUGCUGUUUCCCCGCACCACAGCCCAGGAGCUUCUCCCGCACACUCCAGGAGCAGCUCACUCACAGUCCCCACCCCGCCAGGUUUGGAUGUGUGCGGUGGCUCGCAGUCCCCUCUGCCAGGAGCACCUCCACAGCAGAAGGGGGAUGACGCCGAUGUCUCCGCACCUCACCUUGGCGAGCCUGUGAGUUUGAGCUCUGUCCCAUUGGAUGACCUCGGCUGGCCCCUGGGCAGCCUGCAAAAUAUUCCCAAAGGGCUAGCUGACCGGAAGCAGAAUGACCAGAGGAAAGUGUCUCAGGGCAGGCUGGCUCCUCGCUCUCCCACAGUUGAGAAGUCCAAAGAGCUUACAAUAGAACAAAAGGAAAACUUUGAUCCCCUUCAGCACCCCGACACUACACCCCAGGGCCCAACUUCUGGCACAAGCAGCAGUGGGAAAAUGGCCCUGAACAGCCCCCAGCCUGGCCCUGCUGAGAGCGAGCUGGGGAGGCAGCUCCUGAAGACGGCCAGGGAGGGCAACCCUCUGCCCAGAAGUCCAGCCCAGGGCUCGGGAGGGGUGGCUUCACCAGCUCCCCAGGGAAAAGGCUCAGCCGGAGAGCCCCAGGGAUCUAAGUUUGGCUCCAAAGCUGAGCUGCGUCCCCCUGUGUCCCGGCCACCCCUGAUACGGGGAGUGUCCUGGGACAGUGGCCCCGAAGAGCCUGGGCCCCGGCUACAGAAAGUGCUUGCCAAGCUGCCUCUGGCAGAGGAAGAGAAGCGGUUUCCAGGCAAAGCCAGUGGCAAGCUGGCCAAGACUCCCGGGCUUAAAGACUUCCAGAUACAAGUGCAGCCCGUGCGGAUGCAGAAACUGACCAAGCUCCGUGAGGAGCACAUCCUGAUGAGAAAUCAGAACCUGGUGGGGCUCAAGCUUCCUGAGCUGAGCGAAGCGGCCGAGCAGGAGAAAGGGAUCCCUUCUGAAUUCUCCCCAACUAUUGAGGAAGAAGAGUCAAAGAGUGGUUUGGAUGUCAUGCCCAAUAUUUCUGAUGUGCUGCUGCGCAAACUGCGAGUCCACAAGUCCCUCCCUGGAAGCACCCCUCCACUCACUGAAAAGGAAGUUGAGAACGUGUUUGUACAACUGUCCUUGGCCUUUAGAAAUGACAGCUACACCCUGGAAUCUAGAAUUAACCAGGCUGAAAGGGAACGCAACCUGACGGAGGAGAACACUGAGAAGGAACUGGAAAACUUUAAAGCUUCCAUUACGUCCUCAGCAUCACUCUGGCACCACUGUGAGCAUCGUGAGACCUACCAGAAGCUGCUGGAGGACAUUGCUGUCCUGCACCGCCUGGCUGCCCGUCUCUCCAGCCGAGCCGAGGUGGUGGGGGCUGUCCGCCAGGAAAAGCGCAUGUCAAAAGCAACAGAAGUGAUGAUGCAGUAUGUGGAGAAUCUGAAGAGGACCUAUGAGAAGGACCAUGCAGAACUCAUGGAGUUUAAAAAACUUGCAAAUCAGAAUUCAAGCCGCAGUUGUGGCCCCUCUGAAGAUGGGGUCCCUCGCACGGCGCGGUCCAUGUCCCUCACCAUGGGAAAGAACAUGCCCCGCCGGAGGGUCAGUGUUGCUGUGGUUCCCAAGUUUAAUGCCCUGAACCUGCCUGGCCAAUCUCCCAGCUCAUCACCCAUCCCUUCCUUACCGGUCCUGUCGGAAUCACCCAACGGGAAAGGCAACCCACCUGUCGCCCCAGCACUGCCUGCACUUUUGGAAAAUGGAAAGACAAAUGGGGAGCCAGAUUGUGAAGCCUCUGCUCCUGUGCCACCCCCGAGCUGCCUGGAGGAGAUUAGCCAAGAGACCAAGGCCAGGGUGGAGGAAGAAGCCUACAACAAGGGAUAUCAGGAAGGUCUAAAGAAGACCAAAGAACUUCAAGGCCUGAAGGAAGAAGAAGAAGAAGAACAGAAGAGUGAGAGUCCUGAGGAACCUGAGGAGGCAGAAGAAACUGAGGAAGAGGAAAAGGACCCAAGAAGCAGCAAACUUGAAGAAUUGGUCCAUUUCUUACAAGUCAUGUAUCCCAAACUGUGUCAGCACUGGCAAGUGAUCUGGAUGAUGGCUGCUGUGAUGCUGGUCUUGACUAUUGUGCUGGGACUCUACAAUUCCUAUAACUCUUGUGUGGAGCAGGCUGACGGGCCCCUUGGAAGAUCCACUUGCUCAGCAGCCCAAAGGGACUCCUGGUGGAGCUCAGGACUCCAGCACGAGCAGCCUACAGAGCAGUAGGAAACCUGAUUCCUAGCCAAUGCCCUGCUCCAGGACAUCAGCCACCACCUUGUCCCCAAGUCUAGCGCAUCAGGUUCAGGUCCCUGGAUGUCCUGCCACCCCUCCCGUUGGGGGAUGAGGAGGGCUUCUCUUCACACUUGGCACCACUGUGGGAAUUAUUCAGACCACAGUAACUUGAUGUUCUUGGAGGAUCAACAAACCUGCUUGGAAAAGCAUCUGGUGGAUGAAAAAGUGACUGUCACCAAGGAAGUCUAGGCAAAGGGAAGGUCUCCUGAUCCUAGCUCAGAUGGCUAGGGAGAAUGAAUACACCUUCACUGGGGGACAGUAAGAAGCUCACUCUCCCCUUUUCCUCUCAGCAGUUGGGUACCAGGAAGAAUUGUGCUUAACAGCUAACACUGGCCCUAAGAGUCAGACCUAGAAUUCUGAGUCACACGUGAAUAUCUUCCCAAUUCCCAUCUCAUUUUCCAUAACACUCCUUUGGCCUCUCUUUCUCCCCUUCAGAAUCAGUUUCUUUUCACAGAAUAGGAAAGGUUUCUCAGAAAAAUGGACAGGCCGGAUUUAGCUCAGUGCUUGAAAUGAAAUACGGGAAGAUGCAAAUCAAGGUCUGUGCAUCUAUACACAAACACAACACCCACAACACGUGUGUGCACGAAGCCAACAACCCUCCAAAAGUGUGCUCUAAAGAAAUAUGAUGCGUGUCAAGCCAACCCAUAGAUUUUCACUCAGUGUGGGGCAGUCACAGCACCUGUACAGUGAACUAUCCACACAGAAUGGAGAUGUUUGAAAAACACUGAAAACUUGUGGCUUCUAUGGCAGACUUGCUGGUCUCCAUGUCAGAUGCCAACUCUAAGCUGCUGUACAGCACAGUCUGUUCCCUAUUUGUUCUCUCCCUUUGAAAGUAGUUAACCCACCUCUCAAGUGAGCAAGGAGAAAUGGUGUGCUUUCAGCUUCAAGCUUUCGCUCUAGGGGGGCCACAUGAAAGGGGGAAAUUGCACUUUUGGGCUUCCUUUGCAACGAGAUUUCCAAACCUCGCAUAUGCUCUAGAGCAUUCCCAAUUGUUCAGCGCAGAGCUGAAGGAGUAAAUCUCCAGUUUGAUGUCACUCCCCCAUUUUCAGCCACUGCCUUCAUCAGCCCUCAUCAGUUUGAUAGUGGUGGUGGGUGUUGGCUUCAGUAUGGGUUCUAUGUGGUUGCCUUAGGUUUUGUUUGCUAUUGUUUACUUUUGCAGCCAACAUUCAUAUAGAACUUACUCUGAGCCAAGAACUAUUCUCAGUAUUAUAUGAGAAUAUUAAUUCGUUUAGUCCUCAAGGGAAAAAAAAAACCCUCUGAGAUGGAUAUUAUUCUUUCCAUUUUCAGAUAAGGAAACUAAAGCCCAAAAAAAGAUAAGUAACUUGUUAAGAACACACAGCUAGUAAAUCAUGGAGCUAGCUCUCCAAACAGGGUGGACUGUUUCCAGGGACUAUACCCUUAACCCCCGCACUAUAUUGCUUCUCCAGUGGUCUCCUAGCUGGAUGCCUGUCCUCCCAGUCUCACUCACCCAAUUGGUCCUUCAGCUCUUCCAAGGCACCUCUGCUUCCCAAACUAUGGCUGUUUCCCAAACAAUUGCUUCCCAAAUUAUCCUGUUCUAGAGCUCCAGUCAUUAGUUUUUCUCUUGCUCUUCUUUUCUUUUGUUCACUCUUGAGGGCCAAGUGCAAAAAUUGCCCCAUCCAUACAGGCUUUAAUGACCUUUUUCCCACACUCUCCCCACACCCAACAUAAUGGUUCAUACCCUCUAUGCUUUCUGGCUCUUAAGUAUUUUCAUUAUUUACCUAUACCCACCAUCUAUCACCAUAAUUUAUUUCUAUUAUCUGUUCCUCCAAGCAUUUUUCCUCAAAGACAAGAACCAUGUCUUACCCAUCUGUUGGGUAGGUACCUAACAUGGUGGCUGAUGCUUGGGAGGGGGUCAUUAAAUAUUGGUCAAAAGAAGAAGUGGAACAUUUAAGGUGGUGGAGAGCACCCUGGGACUGCUGAGAUUUUUGCAGUUUUCCCAGUACCAGCACCAGCACCACCUCCAUCUCUACAAGAAGAGUCACAUUUUUGUUGACCUGAGAUUGUUUUAAUAUUUCUCAGGCUAUUCUGUGAAGAGCAGGAAUGCAACCAGGCCAGCAGCAACACUGUUUCCAAGUUCAAGGAUGGGCUCAACACAAUCACUCCCUUCAAAUAGUCACCUUUAGACUAGACCCCACUUUAAAACUGCAUGUUUAUUGAAGGGGGUGUCCUUUACAGUGGCUGGAAAAUGACUGAGAGAGAAGCCCAAACCAGGGUUGACCAAGGAUGUGCCAUUAAGGUAAAGAGGUGCAGAACAAAGUAGAGGGACUUUGGAGGCAUGGGUGGAUGGUUUACCUGGUCUCUUCCAAUAGGCACAGAUAAAACUGAAGAAGCUUUAGUUACACAAGGCCCUCAGAGCCAAAGGCAGGCUGUGAAUGGAGAUCCAGAGAGAACAGCUCUAGAACAAGACUCUAAGUGGCCAACAUCCAAUGUCAGCCCCCCAUAAAGAAGGACUAGGCUGAGUUGGCCCAUUGCCCACUUGGCAUAAGGUUCCCAUCCCUGUUUCCAGGUGAGACAAGGCAAGGAGAGCUGGUGCUGAGAGCUUCUGCACCUCCAGCUUCCCCCACAGAAAGGCCUUCAGAGAACUUGAGACACAAGCCCUCGUCCACAAUACUCCAUUUGUGAGUUAGGAAAGUUGAGGAAGAGGAUGCUCCAAAAGGGAGCACAAGGGUAGCCAUAUUUACAUAGGCAUGGCUGAAAAAGUACUCAUCAGUCUGUUUUUUUCUGGAAGCAAAGAUCAACCUGAAGUAGUUGCAUCUGCUGCCAAAGCAGUUGUGAAAGGGAAGAAGACCUGUAUUUCUAAUAUGACAUGGAUCUGAAAUAAAGUUCCCCUCAAAAUGCCUCUGACAUUGCUGCUGAGCCUUAGAUGUCUGGUUGCCUACCUUCAGUUGCAAAGUGAUGUGUGGUUUGCAUCACUGUUGACCUCACCUCCUGAAAGACCUUCACUUUCUGGCUGCCGCAAAGUUGUGUGUGCUGCUCCCCAUGAACAGCCUGGCAGAGUCAAACGGGAAGGGAGACGCUGGAUUUGUGUAUCACUGGCUGUCAGUUGCUAAUGUUGUUAAGCCUCACACAGGUGUGUUAGCAUUGAACUAUAAAGAGUCACAUACCUGAGUUUGAAAAAUAAAAGCACAUUUCUAAACCUUU